UACAUCUGUUCUCUAAUCUUGGACAGCGCGCCUUCUCCUCGGACGUCAACGGAGCAGCACUGAUGGAGCGACUGGCGCAGAACUGAAGCGCCAUUCGGAGCUGCUUUUGGACCCAACAUUACCGAACGGACAGAUUGUGUUACUUCUUUUCGUUCGGAGAGGACCGACGGAGAUUCUACAGACACCAGAUGUGCCGGGACCCUCCACGGAAAAGAUAAAGGUGCAGGUGGCGAAGUUACUCGCGGAAUGUCUGCAGAGGAGCAGACGGUGAAAGGCGUUCCUGUUCUGGGCUCAGACCCUUCAUCCCCUCAUAAGGAUCCUGGUCCUGUGAUUGGUGGGCUGAAUCUGCGUUCCGCUCCUGGUGCUUGUCUGCUGUUUGCCGGCGUCUUGCUGCUCAUAGGGAUAGGCGUAGCAGCGGGUGGGUACUGGCCUCAUCGUGCCCGGAAACCACCACUGCAUCAAGUUUCCAGUGGUCGCACACCAGCGGAGAAACUGAAACUUGUCGGUCCUGUAAUUAUGGGAGUGGGCCUUUUUAUCUUUAUUUGUGCCAACACACUCCUCUAUGAGAACCGCGACCGUCGCUGGGGCCCAUACAGUCAAGGAAACCGCUUUCCGACUCGGUCAGGGAGACACAGGAAAGCCAAAUCAAAAAGACACCCGCAGCCGAAAGCCAGCUUCAACAAAGGCACCCUGGCUUUAUGUGAACUCCGCAGUAACUCCCCAAAGGAUGGUGUCACUCCUCCUACCCUCGAGUCCUCUUCCCUCUGCUCUGGCUCCGACUCCAUCCAGGUGAGCUUUGACCUGGACAGGGGAGCUCCUCUCCCUCAGGACAGGGGCUCUCUAACCCUGACCCUUCCGGUCAUCAAGCUGAACAACUCCCUCAUAAGCUGCUCAGAAGCUCCACCCCUUCCAGAACACUCAUACCGGAACUUGGUAAGAGGGCCCAGUGGAACAAAGGCAGAGCCAGAGGAACAAAGGGAGAGCCAACACAAAAAGGCCAUUCCACUUAAUAUCUAUUAGAGAGAGCAAGACCAGCCAUAAAACAGGUGGGGAUAUUCCUACCAAAUAUAUGAGGCUGUUAUAACAAUACAAUAGACAUAUCAUAAGCGUCAUUACUAGCUAAAGAGAAUUAGAGGCCAAAGGAUGAUAUAGUGUGAGUGUGUGUGUGU